GACACAUCAGGGGCUCAGAGUCAGGAAAGGGUGGGAUGCAGCUCGCUGAUGCCAGAGCACAUGUAAUCUGCCAGCCAGAGUGGCUUUUGCUGGCUGCCUCUCGUGGCCCAUCCCAGAGAGGACAGCCGGCCUGUGAGGAGUGACGGGCAGGAUGUCUCCUGGGGUGGACUGCCCCAUGGAAUUCUGGACCAAGGAGGAGAAUCAGAGCGUGGUGGUGGACUUCCUGCUGCCCACCGGGGUCUACCUGAACUUCCCAGUGUCCCGCAAUGCCAACCUCAGCACCAUCAAGCAGGUGCUGUGGCACCACGCCCAGUAUGAGCCGUUCUUCCACAUGCUCAGCGACCCCGAGGCCUACGUGUUCACCUGCGUCAACCAGACGGCCGAGCAGCAGGAGCUGGAGGACGAGCAGCGGCGGCUGUGCGACGUGCAGCCCUUCCUGCCCGUGCUGCGCCUGGUCGCGCGGGAGGGCGACCGUGUGAAGAAGCUCAUCAACUCGCAGAUCAGCCUGCUCAUCGGCAAAGGCCUCCACGAGUUUGACUCCCUGCGGGAUCCAGAGGUGAACGACUUCCGGGUGAAGAUGCGCCAGUUCUGCGAGGAGGCGGCGGUGCACCGCCAGCAGCUGGGCUGGGAGGCCUGGCUGCAGUACAGCUUCCCCCUGCAGCUGGAGCCCUCGUCCAGGAGCUGGGGGGCUGGCUCCCCAAGGACCCCCAACCGGACCCUGCUGGUUAAUGUCAAGUUCGAGGGCAGUGAGGAAAGCUUCACCUUCCAGGUGUCCAGCAAGGACAAGCCCGUGGCGCUGAUGGCCUGUGCGCUCCGGAAGAAGGCCACGGUGUUCCGGCAGCGCCUGGCGGAGCGGCCCGAGGACUACGCGCUGCGCGUGAACGGAAAGCAGGAGUACCUCUACGGCAGCCACGCCCUCUGCCAGUUCCAGUACAUCUGCAGCUGCCUGCACAGUGGACGGACCCCCCACCUGACCAUGGUCCACUCCUCCACCAUCCUCGCCAUGCGGGAUGAGCAAAGCAACCCCACCCCCCAGGUUCAGAAACCACGCACCAAGCCGCCCCCCAUUCCCGCGAAGAAGCCUUCCUCGGUGUCGCUGUGGUCUCUGGAGCAGGCGUUCUGCGUGGAGCUGGUCCAGGGCAGCAAAGUGAAUGCGGACGAGAGGAUGAAGCUGGUGGUGCAGGCGGGGCUCUUCCACGGCAGCGAGAUGUUGUGUAAAACGGUGUCGAGCUCGGAGGUGAGCGUGAGCUCGGAGCCCGUGUGGCAGCAGCGGCUGGAGUUUGACAUCAGCGUGUGUGACCUGCCCCGCAUGGCCCGCCUCUGCUUCGCCCUCUACGCCGUGGUGGAGAAGACCAAGAAGGCUCGCUCCACCAAGAAGAAGUCCAAGAAGGCGGACUGCCCCAUUGCCUGGGCCAACCUUAUGCUGUUUGACUACAAGAACCAGCUGAAGACGGGCGAGCACUGUCUGUACAUGUGGCCAUCUGUCCCAGAUGAGAAAGGAGAGCUGCUCAACCCCGUGGGCACCGUGCGCAGCAACCCCAACACUGAGAGCGCCGCCACGCUGCUCAUCUGCUUGCCCGAGGUGUCGCCCCACCCUGUGUACUACCCUGCCCUGGAGAAGAUCCUGGAGCUGGGACGCCCUGGGGAGCGGAUGCGUGCCACCGAGGAGGAGCAGCUGCAGCUGCGGGAAAUCCUGGAGCGCCGGGGGUCCGGGGAGCUGUACGAGCAUGAGAAAGACCUGGUGUGGAAACUGAGGCACGAAGUCCUGGAGCGCUUCCCGGAGGCGCUGGCCCGCCUGCUGCUGGUCACCAAGUGGAACAAACACGAAGAUGUGGCCCAGAUGCUCUACCUGCUGUGCUCCUGGCCCGAGCUGCCCGUCCUGAGCGCCCUGGAGCUGCUGGACUUCAGCUUCCCCGACUGCCACGUGGGCUCCUUUGCCAUCAAGUCCCUCCGGAAACUCACGGAUGACGAGCUUUCCCACUACCUGCUGCAGCUGGUACAGGUGCUCAAGUAUGAGUCCUACCUAGACUGCGAGCUCACCAAAUUCCUGCUAGACCGGGCCCUGUCCAACCGCAAGAUCGGCCACUUCCUCUUCUGGCACCUUCGCUCUGAGAUGCACGUGCCAUCCGUGGCCCUGCGCUUCGGCCUCAUCAUGGAGGCCUACUGCAGGGGCUGCACCCACCACAUGAAGGUGCUGAUGAAACAGGGGGAAGCACUGAGCAAGCUGAAGGCGCUCAAUGACUUUGUGAAGGUGAGCUCGCAGAAGACCACCAAGCCCCAGACCAAGGAACUGAUGCACCUGUGCAUGCGCCAGGACGCCUACAUGGAGGCCCUCUCCCACCUGCAGUCCCCGCUGGACCCCAGCACCCUGCUGGAGGAAGUCUGUGUGGAGCAGUGCACCUUCAUGGACUCCAAGAUGAAGCCCCUGUGGAUCAUGUACAGCAACGAGGAGGCGGGCAGCGCGGGCAACGUGGGCAUCAUCUUUAAGAAUGGGGAUGACCUCCGCCAGGACAUGCUGACCCUGCAGAUGAUCCAGCUCAUGGAUGUCCUGUGGAAGCAGGAGGGCCUAGACCUGAGGAUGACCCCCUAUGGCUGCCUCCCCACCGGCGACCGUACCGGUCUCAUCGAGGUAGUGCUCCACUCGGACACCAUAGCCAACAUCCAGCUGAACAAAAGCAAUAUGGCAGCCACGGCUGCCUUCAACAAGGAUGCCCUGCUCAACUGGCUCAAGUCCAAGAACCCUGGGGAGGCCCUGGAUCGAGCCAUCGAGGAGUUCACCCUCUCCUGUGCUGGCUACUGCGUGGCCACCUACGUGUUGGGCAUCGGUGACCGGCACAGUGACAACAUCAUGAUCCGAGAGAGCGGGCAGUUGUUCCACAUAGAUUUUGGCCACUUUCUGGGGAAUUUCAAGACCAAGUUUGGAAUCAACCGCGAGCGAGUGCCGUUCAUCCUCACCUAUGACUUUGUCCACGUGAUUCAGCAGGGGAGAACGAACAACAGUGAGAAAUUUGAAAGGUUCCGGGGCUACUGUGAAAAAGCCUACAGCAUCCUGCGGCGCCACGGGCUCCUCUUCCUCCACCUCUUCGCUCUGAUGCGGGCGGCAGGCCUGCCUGAGCUCAGCUGCUCCAAAGACAUCCAGUAUCUCAAGGACUCUCUGGCCCUGGGGAAAACGGAAGAGGAGGCACUGAAGCACUUCCGGGUGAAGUUCAACGAAGCGCUGCGGGAGAGCUGGAAGACCAAAGUGAACUGGAUGGCCCACAACGUGUCCAAAGACAACAGGCAAUAGCGGCCCCAGCCCGGCCGCCGCACGCUGGGCCUCUCUAGCUCCGGACUUGAGAGAGGAACCCCAGCCAUCUAAAAGGGGCCUAAAAGCCCGAAUUGCACCUCAUAGGAAAGAACCUCACAACUGCCUUUUGUUUACACUGGUUAUUUAUUUGACUCCAAAUGUUUAAGGAACGAACAGCCAUAAACGGACACGCACCCUGAGGGGCACUGCCUCCACCUUCAAGCGG